UGCCAUAACCGUAGUAGUAAGCGGUUAAAAACAAAAUGGUCAACCGCCUAAUAAAGACGAUCGCAAUUCUGUUAGUUUUCAUCCAGUGUGGAUCAGCGUUGAGUGACGAAUAUGCCGAAUGUCCAGAAACUAAAGGACCAACCGUUUGGAUCGACGAUGCACCAGAUUGCCAAGCCAACGUAUCAUACUGUCAUCAUUUUGGAUUGGAUUAUGUUUGUACCGUCAACAUCACUGAAGAAGACCACUCUUGUCUCGGAGGCACCCAGGUCAUGUGUGUUCUUCCUCCAGUACCGCCCCUACCGAAGCCCCUUCCCGUCACCACCUUGAAAUUGAUCACCUACAAUAUCUGGGAGUUGACAUACCUUGUAUCCCUGACCGGUCAGCGAGAGCGCACCUGCCGCAUUCCUGCAAAGCUCUUCGAGAUGCACCCAGAGGUGGACGUCGUCGUCCUCCAGGAGACGUUCAUGGGAGGCUGCAUAGUCAACGGCAACAACUCUCUGAAGUUGCGGGACAUCCUAAGGGAGUUCGGUUUUGUGUACUCCACGCGUACAGUCGGCGACUCACUGGCUUUUCUGCCUCAGGGAGGAGUUCAAGCCAAGCGCAACUCCACUGCGGAAAAUGGGGGCGUUUUCGUCGCGUCGCGUUGGCCGAUCGUCAAGGAAGAGCAGAUGGUGUUCGAAAAUUACGACAGCACCACUUCAGAUGCACUCUCUGCCAAAGGGGCUAUGUAUGCACUAGUCCGUAAGACCGUCGACGGGGUCACUAAAGAUUUCCACAUAUUCGGCACCCAUCUGCAAUCCAGUGAGCAGCCGCAAUCUCCAGGUAUUAGAGUCCUCCAGGCAGGCGAGGUCUUCAGCUUUAUGCAGAGCGUGUCGAUUCCUCUUGGUGAGCCGGUGAUAUACACCGGAGAUCUCAACGGGGACUUCAUCAAUAAGACCGAAAACGCACGGGCUAUAAUAGCUGCCCUGAACGCCACCAAGCCUCCACUCAGUGGUUCUCUCGUAGUGACCUACGACCACCAGAAUAAUGACAAUCUCGAUCCUAUCGACAAGGAGGCCGAGUACCUGGACUACAUUCUCACCAGCAAUGGCCACGAACAGCCUCUCACGGCCACUUCCAAGGUACUCCGUCCGCGGAGCGACAAACCCCUCCUAGUUUGCCGAGGCUUUCACCUGAUCUUCAAGUACCCCCACUCCCCCGACUGCAGGAAGACGAAGACCAUCACUGAUCUGUCCGAUCACUACGCUGUCGUGGGCAUCUUCGAAUAUCCCAAAGACAUGGCCGAAAUGACGACGCCACAUCCUCACCGUCAAACAACCAGCAAUGGCAGUCAUAGUUCUCCCUCCCCUUAUUGGAUGUGGGUUUUUUACCCUGUAUCGUUGGCGAUAGGCUUAAUGGUCAACUCGUCACCAGUCUAAAAGACCUAAGCCUUUCUGAAGGGGGACUAACGCCACAAACCACUUCCAUUUGAAAUGUAAACUGGACAGCAAAAGUAACUUGCCACUU